AGGGUCGACUGCAGACCUACCGAACCGGGACGAGCACGAGUCACAGAUAAGGCGGUUAAUUUGGUACUCGUUUUAACUUCAGUUUUUUUUUUCCUGAGGUAAAUGUUACCACCAAGAAACCAAUCAUGGCAUCUUCCAUCUGUCUAUCCGUAUUGCCACCUUCCAAAACCCUAGCGCCGGCAACGUCCACUGCCAAGAGCAGCGGUUGCAGAUGCUCCCUCGUCGUCUCCGUCUCUAAGGGCCAUCAACGGGCAAUGAGAAAGAGGCUUCAGGUGGUUUGUAUGGCUCCCGAGGAGGAGAAAUUGACUCGUCGCAAUCCCCUUGAUUUUCCCAUUGAAUGGGAGAGGCCAAAACCUGGGCGUAGACCCGACAUAUUCCCUCAAUUCAGCCCUAUGAAAACACCAUUACCGCCACCAAUGCCAUAUGACCCUCCUGAAGAGGAUGAAGAAGAGGAAGAAAAGAAAGAGGAAGAGGAGGAAGAACCUGAAAAGGAAGAAGAACCCGAGAAUCCCGAAAAGCAGUCCUGAGAAACAAUAGUUAGUACCUCGCUACUACUUCAAUUUUGAUGUAUUAAAUUUCCAAAUUCCAAUUAUGUGAUACUGCUUCAUAUAUUGAGUGGAUAAGAUGUCACGGCCAUCUAUUUUAGAAUAUGGUGUUGAGUGGUAUCACCAUAUUCGAAUUGAGGGGAUUGUGCAUGCAUCUUAUUGGGAUUUAGUCUUAUUUAGGUUAACUACAGGGAAAUUAAGUCCGAGUUCCUGAUUUAUAUUUUUGUAAUCUGCUACCAUUUCCUAUAUGAAUAUACUCGUUCUUGGUUGUUAUGUUCUUAUUCAUUUGUUUUUGGGACUACAAAUUUAUUGGGAGCAUGAGAUUCAAUGUUGGCAAAUUCUGAGU